AACCCCCAUAAUUCCUGCUGAAUUCCUGCCGCAUUCUUGCCGCAGCGACUCGUUAAUCUUGAUUGAUCCUAAUUUCCUAAAUUAGACUAAAUUAAACCGAAUUGAAUUAUUGUAACAUCGUAACCCCGACGCGCCUAUUCUCCACAUUCUCACCAUUUCUAUUUCGAAACAAUGGCGGUUAACACAAUCCUGAUUGAUUUCUCUGUUGAAGAAACAAAACUACAAGAAGAAAACUAUCGCGACAAUGUAAUCAAAGGCGUCGAGACUGUCCUCAUCAACCACCUCAAAGAAUUGCAACCCUUAUACUCAACAAAACUCACCGGUAAUCUCGCCUCACAAGCAUCUCAAGUGAACAUCUAUCAGAGUAUCCGAGGAGCACUUGUCACUCUGCGAAUAUUCAACAAUGGUCUGGUCACUGUUAAUAUUGAGUAUUACAAGAGUAAUGAAGAGGAAGCAAUCAUUUCCUAUGAUCACACAAGAGACUUGGAACAGUGCCUGGGCGGCGUUCUCAGGGCAUUUCGCUCGAAAAUACUGCCGCCUGUGAAGCGUGGCGCCCUGCUCGACGUUUAUCUGACUAGUUCAGAUGAAAGAUUAUUGGAGUAUGACAUCGAUGGAGUCAUUUUUGAGGAGCGUACACCUUUCCAGAAGGUGCAGAUUGUCCAUUCGAAGAGUUUGGGCAAUAUGCUUGUCUUAGAUGAUUUACAAAAUAUCUCUGAGUCUGAUUUAAUCUACACUGAAACCCUGAUGGCCCGCGGUGUGGAAAACUACAAAGACAAAGAAAUCUGCAUUCUCGGAGGCGGCGACGGCGCCCUACUCUACGAGUUAUUAAAAGAAAAGCCGAAACACGUCGUAAUGCUCGAGAUAGACGAAGUUGUAAUGAAAGCAUGCGCCAAACACAUGCGUUCUAUCUGCGGUGAUGUUCUCGACACUUACAAAACCGAAAAUUACGAGAUAAUACUUGCGGAUUGUCUUCAAACUUUGGAUAAAUUCAUCGCAGAAGGACGCAAAUUUGAUUAUGUCUUCGGUGAUUUAACCGAUAUACCAAUCUCAACCAAAGAAGAAAACACCAACUCGAAGAUCUGGGACUUUAUCCUGAAGAUCCUCGAGCUUUAG